CUGCAAAUGCAAUCAAGUUGGUGGAAAAAAAAAAAAGCUUUGAAGUUUGCUGCAAAGAUCGAGAAGGACUCUCUCUAUAUUUGCUACUUUUCUCCAGAAGGUUACAGAUAUUAUUUAACUUGUGAGAAUUGAAGCCACACCCACAAGCUAAAUUCAGUUAUUUGCAUAAGAAACAAGUGAGGUCUUGAUUUGGUAUCAUGGCUGAGGAUAGAGCUUUGCAGCAAACUGAGAGAAAAUGGAAGAUGCCACUCCUGGUUUUCUUUAGAGAUGCAAGACUUGUUUUUAAGAUGGAUGAACUUGGUUCUGAGAUACUAAGGAUUGCAGUACCUGCUGCUAUGGCUUUAGCUGCUGAUCCCAUUGCUUCGCUGAUUGACACUGCAUUCAUUGGCCAUCUGGGACCUGUGGAAAUAGCCGCAGUUGGAGUUUCAAUUGCCAUCUUCAAUCAAGCAUCAAAAGUUACCAUAUUCCCAUUGGUUAGUAUCACUACUUCAUUUGUUGCUGAGGAAGAUACUGUUCAAAGGGUGAGCAAAGAACCACAAGAGGUGGAGAACUUGGAAAAGAAGGAUUCAGGUAAAACCUCUGUAGUGAAAGAAGAUGUCAUGCUUGAGAACUUGGAGAAAGGAUCAGCAACGGACACUGAAAAGAAUAAAGAUUCAAUUCCAGAAGAUGCAGCUACAUGCAAGUCUCCCACUUUUACUGAAGGCAAAGGUGUCAAUGAAAAAUCAAACAAUAAGAAGAAGGGAAGAAGACAUAUUCCUUCAGCCUCAACAGCACUCAUUGUUGGAGGAAUUCUUGGUCUUGUUCAGGCAAUAUUCCUCAUUUUCUGUGCAAAACCUCUCCUCAAUAUCAUGGGUGUGAAAUCUAAUUCCCCAAUGUUAACUCCUGCAAGGAAGUAUUUGACAUUAAGAUCACUAGGUUCUCCUGCAGUUCUUCUGUCUUUAGCCAUGCAAGGAGUCUUCAGAGGAUUUAAAGAUACAAAAACUCCAUUAUAUGCCACUGUUGCUGGAGAUGUAACAAACAUCAUUUUGGAUCCGAUUUUCAUCUUCGUCUGCCGGUUGGGGGUCAGCGGUGCAGCCAUUGCACAUGUUCUUUCCCAGUACUUGAUUUCACUUAUUCUCCUGUGGAGGUUAAUGAAAAAAGUUGAUCUCUUACCACCAAGUCUUAAAGAUUUACAAUUUGGUCGGUUUCUCAAAAAUGGUUUCCUAUUGUUGGCUAGAGUUAUAGCUGCUACUAUCUGUGUAACCUUAGCAGCAUCAAGGGCAGCAAGGCUCGGUUCGACACCAAUGGCUGCUUUUCAAGUCUGCUUACAGGUCUGGUUGACCUCAUCACUUCUUGCAGAUGGCUUGGCUGUUGCUGGACAGGCAAUCAUUGCCUGUGCAUUUGCUGAGAAGGACUACCAGAAGGCAACAACUGCGGCAACUAGGGUUCUGCAGAUGAGUUUUGUUCUUGGCCUGGGGCUAGCUGUUGUUGUUGGAGUAGGUUUGCAUUUUGGGGAUGGAAUUUUUUCAAAAGAUCCUAAUGUUCUUCACAUUAUAAGCAUAGGCAUUCCGUUUGUUGCAGCUACACAACCUAUCAACUCGAUAGCCUUUGUUUUUGAUGGUGUGAACUUUGGAGCAUCUGAUUUUGCAUAUUCUGCAUAUUCAAUGGUCCUUGUGGCUAUAGCAAGCAUUGCAGCCAUUUUUGUUCUUUCUAAAACUGGUGGGUUUGUUGGAAUAUGGGUUGCUCUAACCAUCUUUAUGGGGCUACGUACAUUUGCUGGUGUAUGGAGAAUGGGGACUGGAACUGGACCAUGGGGUUUUCUCAAAGGUCGACUGUUGCCAUAGGAAAUAUUCUGACCAAUAUAAACUCUCAUAUUUUCUCUUACCCAUUUUUGCCUCUCCUCUUGUUGUCUCUCCCUUUUGGCUGUGGCUUUGGCUUUGAUCUCGUCUUCUGGACAACUAUAUAUAUAUAUAUACACUCUGCUUUCUGCAGUUCCUUGCA